GAGUAGGUGGGUACAGAGAACCAAACUAGUGAUUAUUUGAUAAGUAUCUGUAUAUUUCCCCCAUUAUUUCUAUCACUGAUUUCACAAAGCGGAAUGUGAGAGUCCCAAUAGAUCAGAAUAGAAAUAAUCGUUAAUCUCAUCUAUCUGUCUAGUGUCUCAGAUUGGAAUAAUGGUCCUCAAAUGUUUAUGCUUUGGUGAUUCAAAGAAGGAGAAAAAUUAUUCGACAGUAAUAGAAGAGCUAUGCCAUCGAUUUUCCUUUGAAGAUCUUAGAAAAUCAACCAACAACUUUGACGAUAAACUAGUAAUUGGGUGGUCACCCUUUGGUGAUAAGGUAUACAAAGGUUGUCUCAAACAUAAUGAUGCUGCAACUGAUCAUACCAUUACAUUGAAGGUGAUGGUGCCUCAAUACCCCAUCCAAGGUUCACUUGAAUUCAAGAAGGAAAUUGAGUAUGAGUACAUGGCCAAUGGAUCACUUGGUGAUUACUUGAGAGAUAGGAAUAGGAAUAACCAACCACUUUCAUGGAAGAAAAGACUAGACAUCUGCAUUGGAGUAGCACGUGCUCUACACUACCUUCACUCAGGAGCCAAGCUUGCUAUCAUUCAUCCUGAUAUAAAUCCAAGUAAUAUUCUUUUGGAUAAGAAUAUGAUGCCCAAACUUACAAAUUUUGGGAUAUCAUUGCAGGGAGGGCUCUCUACAUUGAAGCCAAAGCAAAUCAAAGUAGAUAUGAUUGUAGGUACAUCUGCAUUGAUGGCUCCGGAGUAUGCUAUACACGAGCACAGUCUUGAGGAGACAAUGGAUCCAAUUCUGAAAGGAAAGAUUGCGCCAGAAUGUUGGCAAGUAUUCACUAGUGUCAUACAAAGUUGCUUGGAGUACGAAGCAGAUAAGCGACCAACAAUGGGGGAAGUAGAGGUAUUGCUUGAGCAUGCUCUCUCAUUGCAGCAACAAGCUGAUAUUAUAAGGAAUGUUGGUCGCUAUACCUUAUCAUCCACUACCCCUUGUUAUUGUCGAGAGCGAUAUAAUGAUCAUGAAUCACUACCCAGAUAGUGCUGGAUCUUUUUCUACUCAUCUAAUCAAUAGUUUUUAUGGAUGCUCUGUUUUCUUUUCGUUCUUCUGGUUCUAAAAACACAAUAUGUAUAGUUCUCACAUAGGUUUGCACUAAAUGAGGCAUAUCAUGUUACACAUGAUUCGUGGUGAUCUAUCGAGCAAUAUGUAACAUCUCAAAUAGAUUAAGAAAAGAAAGAAUAAGAGGAACUUAUUGCUAGUA